ACGUUAACAGAGUCCGAGACACGGCGUCACAGCUGAGGAUCAUUUCCCAGCAUGCCUCACUGCGGCGGGAACAAAACCCCUAAUCAGGCCUAAUGACGGGCGCAGAAGAAGAGAUGACAUGAUGAUACUGACGGAGAAACAAAAGGAGGACACACCCACUGAACACACACACACCAGGUGGAGCAGGUGUGACCGGUGUGCUGUUCAGCCACUCUGCUGAGGUACAGGACAGUCUUUUCCUGUUGGCGUGUGCUGAGUCACUCCUUCACCUGAGUUUUACUGACUGCCUGUCCUUGGGCCUCCACUGAACCUCCAGAUUUCUCCAUCCACAGCUGCACCAUGAGUGUAUGAUGUCUGAGAGCAGUUGCUAUGGCCUGCAGCAGCGGUCAGAACAAUGCAGAGACUCUGGAGGGGUUCCACGAGGUGAAUCUGGCCUCGCCCACCACACCUGACCUUCAGAACCAAUCGGAUCAGCGCCCGGCCAUCCGUCACACCACCCCGCCCACUUCUCUAUAUCGCACCCACUCUCUGGGAGCGCCUCCUCCGGGCCUCCCCACCUCACUGCGAGCAGAUCAGCUGCCCACUCAGCCGGUGUACUCGGCACCGCGGCACAGCCACAAUGGAAGCGUGCCAGGCCUGGAGGCAGAGUCGGCCGAGUUCAUGUCCGGAGAGGAUGGGGAGGAGUGUGGUGCUCUGAGCGACAGCCUGUCACGGCUGCGCAGCCCGUCGGUGAUGGAGGUCCGAGAGAAAGGAUAUGAGAGGCUGAAGGAGGAGCUCGCCAAGGCUCAGAGGGAGCUGCUGUUGAAGGAUGAGGAGUGUGAGAGGUUGUCUAAAGUCAGAGAUCAGCUCGGCCAGGAGCUGGAGGAGCUCACCGCCAGUCUCUUCCAGGAGGCUCACAAAAUGGUGAGAGAAGCAAACGUCAAACAGGCAAAUGCUGAAAAACAGCUGAAAGAAGCUCUGGGCAAGAUCGACGUCCUCCAGGCGGAGGUUCAGGCUCUGAAGACUCUCGUGCUCUCCUCCCCGACCUCCCCGGUGGGUGAGCUUCCCUCUGUGGGAACAGGAGGAGGCGUGAAGACUCCCUUCAGGAAGGGCCACAGCAGGAACAAGAGCACCUCCUCCGCCAUGCUGGGGACUCAGCCCGACCCGUCGGCCACGCAGCCCAUUGUACGCGAGUGUCGGGAGGUGGACGGUCAGCUGUUCAGCGAGUUCAAGGCAUGGAAGGAGGAGCCGACGUUCGACCGAAGCUGCAGCUUUCUGGAGAGAAUUUACCGUGAGGACAUCUACCCCUGCUUGACCUUCAACAAGAGCGAGCUGGGUUCGGCCAUCUUAGAGGCCGUGGAGCAGAACACACUGAGUGUGGAACCGGUCGGCUUCCAGCCGCUGCCUGUGGUCAAAGCAUCGGCGGUGGAGUGUGGAGGACCAAAUGGGCGCAGGUCUGAGCUCGUCACAAAAUGUGCCCUGAGCGGUCAGACCAAAACCUGCAAGCACAGAAUCAAGUUUGGAGAUUCGUCCAGCUAUUACUACGUGUCUCCCUACUGUAGAUACAGAAUCACGGCGGUGUGCAACUUCUUCACCUAUAUCCGCUACAUCCACCAAGGGCUGGUCAAACAGCAGGACGCAGAACAGAUGUUCUGGGAGGUGAUGCAGCUCCGCAGGGAAAUGUCCCUCGCCAAGCUUGGCUACUACAAAGACCAGCUGUGACCGGGGCCGUCCUCCACUCACAGCAGAGUCUGAGCUGAAGCCCCGCCCCACCCUGGCUCUUGCCCCUCCCCCUUAUUUUGUGUGAGUGUUUUUUGUGUGAGAGAGAAACUGUUUUCAAUCAUCACAAAAAAAGACUGAAGACUGUGA